GCCUAAGAGAUUCAAUUUCUGAUAACUCUUCCUGUGUUAAAGAAAGAUCCCGCUCUAAUUCCUUUGCCUUAGAUUGGAGAGAUUCCAUUUCUAACAACCCUCCCGUGCUGAAGAAAGAUACCGCUCUAAUUCCUUUGCCCUAG